GAGCUUACAUGACGUUUUCAUAAAUCCAAUAUGGCUGUCGCAAAACAUGUUGCUGUAAUUCGAUUAAAUGGAAAGCUUUUGUUGCCUUUCAAAACGAAAUGCUCUAAUUCUGUGCAAUGUCGUCUUCUUCACAUUUCAAGUUUCGAAAUGUAUCCACGAAAAAAUUCACCAUUCAUAGAGCAAAGGGACAACGAUUCAUUCGGUGGAAGUGUUACAGUCCCUAGGCGACGAUCAAUACCUGAUAACUUGUUUCAAAAACCGGAAAUACCAGAGAAACUUAUGAAAUAUAAUGAACAUAAGAACAGAAUUGUCAUGGAUAGUACAGGUGGAAUGCUUUCAUCGUAUAAUCCAAUUCUGAAAAAGUCAUCUAUCUUUUCUUUUGAGGGUUGGAGACAGAGAUGGCAGUCCUUUAAAGAUACUUUAAUAUCAACAUACAGCAUAGGAAUGAUAAAAAGAUCUGUGAAGCCAUUUAAAGUGAGAGAGUUUGCAAAAGAAGCAGAAAAACUGUUUAUUGAUGUCAAUGAAUGCUUGACAAAAGGUGAUAUGAAAGGUCUUCUUGAAAAUACAACGCUUAAUGCUUAUUAUGGAUUUGUUAAGGAAUUUUUGAUGCCAAAAGAAAGUUUCAUUGGCGCUUUAUUUCAUCAAUGGAGCGCCAUGAUUGUUUAUGCAGUCAUAUCUUCAAUGGAAAUAAAAGACAAUCUUUUUGCUCAAGUUGUCGUGCGAUUAAAAAUAAAGCAAAUUUUUGCUGUCGAAGAUCAAAAUGGACGAGUGAUCGCUGGAGAUUCUGAAGAACCUAGAGAGCUAUUAGAUUUUAUAGUUUUAGAAAGACAUCUAUCAGACAAAAAUGGUGCAUGGAGAAUUUGUGGCAAAUUGUAUCCAAAACAAUAAAUGGAUCAUAGCUGA